GGGGCCGAGCUGUCGUGAGGCACGCCGGCGGGCGGGUGCGGUGUCUGCUCUGUCCGCUCCGCCGGGUGUCAUUGGGCUCCGAGAAGCGGCGCCGAGGGCAUCGCGGGCGGCCUGGUGUCCGGCACGGCCAUGGCGGGCGCGCUGGUGCGGAAGGCGGCGGACUAUGUCCGGAGCAAGGACUUCCGGGACUACCUCAUGAGCACGCACUUUUGGGGCCCAGUAGCCAACUGGGGUCUUCCCAUUGCCGCCAUCAAUGACAUGAAGAAGUCUCCGGAGAUUAUCAGUGGGCGGAUGACAUUUGCCCUCUGCUGUUACUCCCUGACGUUCAUGAGAUUCGCCUACAAGGUGCAGCCUCGGAACUGGCUUCUGUUUGCCUGCCACGCCACAAACGAAGUAGCCCAGCUCAUCCAGGGCGGACGGCUGCUCCGGCACGAGAUGUCUAAAAAGGCCUCAGCAUAACAAUGGAAAAUGAAGAGCCGGCGUUUUGAAGGGCUGGCACUGCCAGCCGCGGCUGCUCAGUCACAGGUUUCAUCAUAAUGAACAGUCUUGCUAAGAAAAAUAUGCGGAAUGCUAUCGUUACUAACCAGACUAUUUUUCUAGAAAUAGCAGGGAGUUCCUAAACCUACUCUCUGCUGCCUUACAAGUACUGAAUAUUUUACUUCUCUUCAGAAAGAGUAGCUCAAAUAUGCAAUCAAUUUAAUACUUCCCAAUGAUGGUUUUAUCUGCAGUAAUAUGUAUAUUAUCUGUUAGAAUUUACUUAAUGAAAAACUGAAGAGAACAAAAUUUGUAACCAUCAGCAUUUAAGUACUCAGAAAUCGUGACCUUUCGUUUAAUGACCAUGAAUGAGACAGCUGACAGCUGGCCACAUACCUAAAAUCACAUUGCCAGUGUUUGAAAAGGUAUUUGUAUUUCCAUGCAGUGUGUAUAUUGAAAUGCUGUAAAUUAAUGGCAAUAAAUGAUUUAAAUAUUUGUCAAAUGA